AUGGAAAAAAAAUUGCAAGAACUCAGUUUACAAACCAAUCAUCAACUCCUACCACCCAGACCCAACAUAGGAACUAAAGGUAAAAAAGUAGUACUUCGUACUAAUUAUUUUAAUGUUAAAAAGCAAAAUUUAUUUGGCAAUUAUUUGCCGGUAUAUGGUGGAAAUGAUUUGAUAUAUUGUACAACUAAAUUACCAAUGGGAAGCAACAAAGAAGAUAAUUUAGAAGUCGUUCUUACACCAAUAAAAAUUAAAAUUGCCGAAGAGAUUAAUUUACAAUCUUUACAGGAAUAUAUUGAUUCGGGAAAAGAACCAGAUGAUUCAGAUGAUAUACAAACUUGUAUAAAUUCACUGAAUGCUUAUUUAAAUUUUAAAGUCUGCAUUAGCUUUUUAUCAGUUGGAAGCGGAAGCUUCCCCCCUGUAACGGAUGUACAAAGAAUAUUUUUGGGUACUGGCGAGGAAUUAAAAAAAGGAUUCUGUCAAUCUUUGAGAAUAGGAUGGGACCGUCUCUACACUAGUUUUGGCAUUUUUUAUCCACCUGGAAAUGUAAUGGAUGUUAUUGCAAGCUUCUUUUGGUGUGACAAAAAUGAUUUUAGGAAUGGUAUUAAAGAUAAUGAUAGGAUUUAUUUAAAUAAGUUAUUAAAAGGAGUUAAGAUUUACGUUUUGCAUCGUGGUGAAAGGAAAAGAAAAUAUACUAUUAGUGGAUUAACGACGUCUUCAGCAGAUAAAACUACAAUUAAGCAGGAUGAUAAAGAUAUUACAGUUGCUCAAUACUUCCUAAAUUCAUAUAAAAAGAAGCUUGUGUUUGGAAAGCUUCCUUGUAUUGUUUUAAAAAAUUGCUAUCUUCCUCUAGAGUACUGCGAGAUAUUACCAGACCAACCUUUUAGGUUUACUGUUUCUGAUUAUGCUCGCAUUGAAAUGAUCAAAUUUACUUGCAUCAAACCGGCUGAGCACGAGUUUUUGAAAUCUAUUAAUAUGAAUAAUGAUGUUGAUACAAAGGUAAAAGUUACAGGACGUGUUCUUCCUAAUGUGUCAAUGACAUUUCAUAAACGUAGUAGUCCUGCAGUUCAAUUUAUAGAAGGAGGACGUUGGAAUCUCGUAAAUAGAAAAUUUCUUGAUGGCCAGACAUUAAUUAAUUGGUCAGUGUUAGUAUUAUCUGGUGAUAACCACAGUGUUGUUCGAUUUUUUAUGCGACAGUUACGUGAAGUUCUAAACGAAAAGGGAAUGAAUAUUGCGUUUGAACCACAAAUAGUACCUUGGACUUCGCAGAAAGAUAUUAGAGAGGUAAUUACUUCUAUUAAAGUUAGAAAGGAUCCACAAAAACCUCCUCAGCUGAUUAUAGUCAUAAUGCAAGAACGGUCUCGACUAUAUGCUGGGAUCAAACGUGUUGGAGAAACUGAUUUGGGUGUGAGAACUCAAUGCAUGUUGGCUAAACACAUGAGAAAGCGUCAAAAUGAACAAUUUUGUGUAAAUCUCGGUUUAAAAAUAAACGCCAAACUUGGAGGUAGAAACUUUACCCUAACUCCUGGACAGAUGGACUUUAUUGCUUCAGCACCGACAAUGGUAUUCGGUGCAGAUGUUAUUCAUUCAGGUAGAGCAGAAAUGCAUAUACCUAGCAUCGCUGCCGUUUGUGUCACUAUAGAUGCCAAUGCCACACUUUAUAGUGGUCGACAUAGUAUGCAAGUUAUACCACGUAAUGAGACUAUUGAACAUUUAGAGGGAAUUGUGGUUGAUUUAUUAAAAGCUUUUCAAGCUAAAAAUAAAUGUCUCCCAAGGAGAGUUUUAUUUUAUCGUAAUGGAGUUAGCGAGUGGCAAUUUAAAUAUAUCUUGGAAGCAGAAGUAAAAACAGCAUUAAAACGAGCAUUUAAAAUAGUAUAUGACAAUAAACCACCAAAAAUAACUUUUAUUAUUGUACAAAAAACACGUCAUACAAUGCAAUACAAUCCGUCACAUGAAAAAAAUAAUAAUGGUAAUUGCAAACCAGGAACUGUUGUUGAUACAGGGAUUGUUACAAUACAUAUAUUUGAUUUUUUCUUACAAUCUCAUGCCACCCUUCAAGGAACUGGACAUUCAUAUUAUUUUGUAUUAAGAGACGAAAACAGUUUUGAUGCUGAUUCUCUGCAAUUGUUAACGAAUAAUUUAUGUUAUUUAAAUGCAACGAGUACAACAGCUAUAUCAGUAGUUACCCCCGUAUUUUAUGCAAGUUUAAUUGCAAAUCGCGCAAAAAAUUAUAUGAUUUGGGAUAGGCAAGCUUCGAAAUCUUUAAAUGAAGAAAGACCCACAUGUCUAGCAGUAAAAAAGGAUAUAGAAAAUAUUAUGUAUUUUAUUUAA